GAAAAAAUGGUUACAAACAAUCAAAAAUCUACACCCACACUUUCUUGUUAGAUUGAGAGAUGCAGAAGAAAGCAGGAGACUCUCCCGCAGUACAGUGCAGAUUGGGAAUGAUCACAAAAUCACCGUCAUCAUCAAAACACACACUCCGCUUCUUCUGAACGAUGUCGUUUCACCCCGACGACCAGAACAACCCUAGCCUUACUCCGCCAUUAAAGACCUGGCUCAAGAUCAAGAGCACUGAACCCGUCAACCAUAUGGUUCUUGCCAUGCACCUUCACUCCCUUUCCGACCCCAAAAGCAAAAAAACCCUAGUCCCCAAUUUCACCAUAAUGGACCGAACCCUUCACUUAUCCGACGAGCUUCUUCUCAAAAUCCUCGCCAAGCUUCCCGAUUCGCAGAGGAACUCCAAUUCCCUCGUUUGCAAGCGGUGGUUGAAUCUCCAAGGACGACUCGUUCGUUCCCUGAAGGUUUUGGAUUGGAACUUUGUGUUAUCGGGUAGGUUUAUACAUAGAUUCCCCAAUCUGAACCACGUUGAUUUGGUUACUGGUUCUUUCAGUUCGCCACGAAAUUCGAGUGUUUUGUUGACUCACAAGGUUCUAUCUAUGCACGUUGACUCUGGGUGGUGUUUCGGCGAGGAAAACCUGCUACCUGUUGAAGCGGUUGAUAAUGGGUUGAAAGUACUUGCAAGUGGGUGCCCCAAUUUGCGGAAGCUAGAGGUUAUCGGUGCGAGUGAGGUGGGCUUGUUGAGCGUGGGCGAGGAGUGUUUCACGUUGCAAGAGUUGGAGUUGCAGAAAUGCGACGACGACGUUUUGCGUGGUGUUGCGGCGUGUGGGAAUCUCCAAGUAUUGAAAUUGGUUGGGAGCAUUGAUGGGUUUUAUAACUCUCUGGUUUCUGAUAUUGGGUUAACGAUUUUGGCUCAAGGUUGUAAGAGGCUGGUGAAGCUUGAACUUAGUGGGUGUGAAGGGAGUUUUGAUGGGAUUAAAGCGAUUGGUAAGUGUUGUGUGAUGUUGGAGGAGUUGACUUUUGUUGACCAUAGGAUGGAUGAUGGGUGGUUAGCAGGGCUUUCGUUUUGUGAGAAUUUGAAGACUUUAAGGUUUCAGUCGUGUAAAGUGAUCGAUCCUAAUCCAGGGUUAGAGGAAUAUUUGGGUUGUUGUCCGGCACUUGAACGGCUUCAUUUGCAAAAGUGCCAAUUGCGUGAUAAGAAUGGUGUUGGAGCUAUGUUUUCUGUAUGCAGAGUUGCAAGGGAGAUUAUUCUUCAGGACUGCUGGGGAAUGGAUAAUAGCAUGUUGAGCUUUGCAAGUAUUUGCAGGCGGGUAAAGUUGUUCUACUUAGAAGGAUGCUCAUUGCUAACAACAGAAGGUUUGGAGUCUGUAAUUGAUUCCUGGAAGGAGCUUCAGUGCCUUAGAGUUGUCUCAUGUAAAAAUAUAAAGGACAGUGAUAUCUCUCCUGCACUUGCAACCUUAUUUUCCACUCUGAAAGAGUUGAGAUGGAGGCCAGAUACAAAGUAUCUUCUAACAUCAAGUCUUGUGGGGAUAAGCAUGGGAAAGAAAGGUGGUAAAUUUUUCAAGAGGACAUGAUAACUAAAUUCACUGUGUAGACAGAAUCUAGGCCAUGGUCUUAGAAACAGAUAUUCUCACUUAGUUAAAUUUGUACCAUUAUGUAAUCACAUAGUUUCGAUGGUUAGUUAGAUAUUGAAAGUGGGAGAUUAGUCCUUGUAUCUUUAACCUAGAGAUCUAAUUAUGUGUAAGCUUAACCCAAUUCACUCCAAGUUGAAAUUGGGUAACUUGUUCCCCUGCAUUUUCUGUUGUUCUUUGAUUUCUUCAAUCAGAAUAAGGAACAAGACUAGAGUUGUAAUCAUGUGUAAGGAUAACUCAGUUGAAUCCAAGUAGAAAUUGGGUACCCCUUCUUUCGGAUGCCAUAAACUUAGCACGGUGUGCUUGUUAUAUUUCAUGAGUGAUUCUCGUGUGCACUUGUGUGAUAGAAGUUGGUUGACUAC